AUGGCAGAAAGAAAACCCAAUUUUUCGUCUCUUCCCCCAGAGUUACGGCUGCUGGUCCUGCAGAGCCUUGCAGAAGCGCACAGUCAGCCCACGUCUUCAUGUCGGGGCAUCGCCGCUUACGCCAGCGUCUGUAAGCAUUGGCAGCUGUUUUUCGAGCCCAUAACUUUCAAGUACUUCAUUAUCAGGCAUGAAGACUUGGUCGAUUUUAGAAAAGUCACUCAACCCUAUAGGAGAAGGUGCAUGAUCAAGCAUGUCUGGCUGAGACUCGAGGAGCCUUCGCCCGAACAACGCCAAGAUAUGGGGUUGGAUAGCCAGAACUGGAGCAAAGCAUUUUAUACAAGCAUAAUAUGGCAUUUAUGGACGACCUUUUCCGACUGGAAACUUGCGACUGUGGGAGAAUUUGAUGGUAAUCCGGGUCUGACUCUCGAGCAUUCCGGACAUAAACAUCUGACUGAAAGUGCAACUGGCGCGAUGCCCACAGAUGAUCUGGACAUGUAUUCAAAAUUUCAGGAGACUGGGUCAGUUUCAAUCUAUGAAGAGGACGGAAGAAAAUAUUACGUCUCCAAAGACAUGGAAGGAGCAAUGGAUCCAAAAACCAGACGAGAUCUGUUUUGCAAAGGGUUCAGGCUUGACGAUACUAAGCCGCUUCCCAGACUGGAGGUUGUAACCGAACUCGUUACUAGAAGAGCAUGCACCCGCAACUUGCGCCCAGAGGUUAUGGCCCUUAUCUUCAACAGCCUGACACGGUUACAAACCGUUAGAAUAGAACGGUGGCGCCAUGGUCUGGUUUCGCCUGAGGGUGACUGGUGUUUAGGCAUGGAACCAGUUCUAUCUCAACAUCUACCAGCCUCGCUGAAAGCAUUAUCGGUUUUUGAAGAGUCGGGCACAAGGAAUAGUAGAUUUGACCUGAUUCCCAAAGACAAACUAACCGAAGCUGUCAUUAUGGGCACCCUUCACCUGAAGUGUCUUUCCCUCUGUUUUGUUAUAAAUGCAGAAGCAUUUCUUGAUCGAAUUUGUACUGGCCAGCCACAACAGCUUAAUGGCGGUUACAUAGAGCUUACGUCACUGACACUAACCUCCGAUAGUCUCAAGGCAGAAAUAAACGAGGAAUGGGACAUGUCACUUUGGCUACGCGGCGUUAGAGACUUGAUCUAUCUUGCUGCCAUGGCGGCCAAGCGGAUGCCCAAGCUCCGGCUGAUGGAAAUCUGGAACAGCGGAGACGGAACCUCCAGCAUUUUUCAAUACAAAAAGGCAGAUGAUGAUGCCUUUGAGAUUAGUUGGAAAAGUACGCAAAAUUGCAAUCCAUUUGAGGACGAUGUGGUGCAGGCAUGGCGUGAGGCAGUUGUGGAGCGUGGCCAGUCUGAGGUGACGAUCUCUCCUCCUAUGCUCUUAUCGGGCGACUUUGAGUACUAUGGCUCUACAAUUCCUUACUUGAAGUCGAGAAACAUGGUGCUACAUCCUGUUUCUGCAGCUCAGAUGAAGUAA